CAAUGGGGUCAUGGCAUCCAGUGCAGAUUGCAAGACACAACAGCUAAACUGACCAACAGGCAGUAAUUAAGCAGUGCACACACACUACUGUCGAUCAUGUGGGUUCCGCUGAUCUGCUUCGUCGUUGUUGCUCUGCUCGCCACCGCCGGCACCGGUGUCGUCGAUGCCGCGGCGGGCCGGCGCGAGGUGUACGUGGUGUACAUGGGCGCCGUGCCGCCGCGAACCCCGCCCAGCUUCCUCCAGGAGACCCACCUCCGUCUCGUCGGCUCCGUCCUCAAGGGCCAAGUGGCGAGGAACGUAGUGGUGCAGCAAUACAAUCACGGGUUCUCGGGGUUCGCGGCACGGCUGUCCAAGGAGGAGGCGGCGGCGCUGAGGCGGAAGCCCGGCGUGGUCUCCGUGUUCCCCGACCCAGUGUACCAGCUCCACACAACCAGAUCCUGGGAUUUCCUGCAGCAGCAGCAACAGACGGACGUCGUCGUCAAGAUCGGCUCAUCGGCUAAGUCCCGUCACUCGCCGAAUAAACCCUCUGCGGCCUCCUCAUCAUCGUCAGCAACGACGGCCGGCGACACCAUCAUCGGGCUCCUGGAUUCCGGCAUCUGGCCCGAGUCCCCCAGCUUCGACGACGCCGGCUUCGGGCCCGUCCCGGCCCGCUGGAAGGGCACCUGCAUGUCCGGCGACGACUUCAACUCUUCCAACUGCAACAAGAAGCUGAUCGGAGCAAGGUACUACGACGUGGGCGAGGUAACGAGGGGCGGCGGCGUGCGCAGGAGCGGCUCGGCGCGUGACCAAGCCGGGCACGGCACGCACACGUCGUCAACGGCAGCGGGGAACGCGGUGGCCGGGGCCUCGUACUACGGCCUGGCUUCAGGGACGGCGAAAGGCGGUUCCGCGGCGUCGAGGCUGGCCAUGUACCGCGUGUGCUCGGAGGAAGGCUGCGCCGGGUCGGCCAUCCUGGCGGGGUUCGACGACGCCAUCGGGGACGGCGUGGACGUCAUCUCCGUCUCCCUGGGCGCGUCGCCUUACUUCAGCCCGGACUUCUCCGAGGACCCCAUCGCCAUCGGCGCCUUCCACGCCGUGGCCAAGGGGGUCACCGUGGCCUGCUCCGCCGGCAACGCCGGGCCCGGGAGCUCCACGGUGGUUAACGCGGCGCCAUGGAUCAUGACCGUCGCCGCCGCCACCAUCGACCGCGACUUCGAGUCCGACGUCGUGCUCGGUGGCGGAAAUAGCAGCGCUGUCAAAGGUGGAGCCAUAAACUUCUCCAACCUGGACAAAUCACCGAAAUACCCGUUGAUCACUGGUGAAUCGGCAAAGUCUAGUUCAGUUUCUGAUAAUAAAUCGGCAAGUCAUUGUGAGCCCGGCACGCUGGAUGCCGGCAAGAUCAAAGGGAAGAUCGUGCUGUGCCACCACUCGCAGAGCGACACGUCCAAGAUGGUGAAGGUGGACGAGCUCAAGAGCGGCGGGGCAGUGGGGUCCAUCCUGGUCAACGACGUCGAGAGGUCCGUCACGACCGCCUACUUGGACUUCCCCGUCACGGAGGUCACCAGCGCCGCCGCGGCUAACCUUCACAAGUACAUCGCCUCCACCAGCGAGCCUGUGGCCACAAUCACGCCGUCGAUUACCGUGACGGAGUUCAAGCCGGCGCCCGUCGUGGCCUACUUCUCGUCUAGGGGCCCGUCGUCGCAGACCGGGAACAUUCUCAAGCCGGACGUGGCUGCUCCGGGAGUGAACAUCCUAGCGGCGUGGAUCCCGACGUCGUCGCUUCCGAGCGGUCAGAAGCAGCCCUCGCAGUUCAACCUCAUCUCCGGGACGUCCAUGUCCUGCCCCCACGUCGCCGGCGCCGCCGCCACCAUCAAGGCCUGGAACCCGACAUGGAGCCCGGCCGCCAUCCGGUCAGCCAUCAUGACCACAGCAACUCAGCUGAACAACGACAAGGCUCCGAUGACGACGGACGCGGGUUCGGCGGCGACGCCGUUCGACUACGGCGCCGGGCAGGUGAACCCGUCGGGGGCGCUGGACCCGGGGCUGGUGUACGACCUCGCGGAGGAAGACUACCUGCAGUUCCUCUGCAACUACGGCUACGGCGCGUCGCAGAUCAAGCUCAUCACCAGCUCCCUCCCCAGCGGCUUCAGCUGUGCAGCCAACGCCAGCAAGGACCUCAUCUCCGACCUCAACUACCCUUCGAUCGCCUUGACGGGACUCGGCAACAGCAGCAGCGGCAGGACAGUGUCGCGUGCCGUCACCAAUGUCGGAGCGCAGGAAGAGGCGACCUACACUGUCGCCGUCGCCGCGCCGACGGGGCUCGACGUUAAGGUCGUGCCCAGCGAGCUCCAGUUCACCAAGAGCGUGAAGAAGCUGGGUUUCCAGGUCACCUUCUCCAGCAACAGCACGGCGGCUAAGGGCACCCUGUCUGGCUCCAUCACAUGGUCUGAUGGAAAGCAUACUGUUCGUAGCCCGUUCGUAGUCAGCAAAUGAAAAGACCUGCAAGUCUAGCAUGAAAUCUAUGUAGUGACACCAAAUUGCUGGCUGUUUGGUCAAGCAGUUUCAUGAUCAGAAUAUAGUGGAUCAAGGGUGUUCAUAGCAGCGGGCAAAUGUGACCCGGAUCUGGGGCAAAUUCUGACUUGGACCUGCACUUAGAACUUCAAGCCACUUAUCCCUGGAUGCAUGCUUUGAACUAGUGUUUCCUGGUCUUUUCAGAACCAAAA